UUCAAUAGGUUCACUCAGCCGUGACUGCUGAACAAAAGAAGUAUGACGUAACAACACAUUAGCAUAACAAUAGGGUUGAUUAGCAUAACAAUGGGGGUGGGUAGUCUGGAAAGAUGGGAAUUCAAUAGGGUCGAUUAGCAUAACAAGGGGAUGGAUAGUUUGGAAAGAUGGGAAUUCAAUAGGAUCGAUUAGCAUAACAAGAGGGUGGGUAGUCUGGAAAGAUGGGAAUUCAAUAGGGUCGAUUAGCAUAACAAGGGGAUGGAUAGUUUGGAAAGAUGGGAAUUCAAUGGAGGAUCAUUUAAAUAACAAAGAAGCGCAGUGACGUAGUAAUGUUACGUAUCGGUUGGAAGGGACGCGCAGUUUCUCUGACAACGAAUCAACAAACAUCAAAUUGAAUAGAAGGAUUAAAAGAGUGCUAUUGUUUGAAAGUUAAAUUUAGAAAGUUGGCAUAGUGUAACAAAGGCAGAGUAUGAAUAGUUGCUUGAGAACGAAAUAACAUAGCGACAAUGUUUGGGUAAACAAGGAAAUGACGUGACUCCUUCUUCGUGGUCCCCCAUUGGUUGAUGUCGACUUUGAUUGUUGGAACAAAGAACUAUUCAUCGUCUCUUUGCGUCAGUCGGUGCAUUCUCUAUUUGGUUAAAAGCUACCAUGACUUCUUAAGAAACAACUUUUGAUUGUUGGAACAAAGAUCUAUUCAUCGUCUCUUCGCUUCAGUCUGUGAUUCCACUAUUUGGUUAAAAGCUCCCAUGACUUCUUAAGAAACAACUUUUGAUUGUUGGAACAAAGAACUAUUCAUCGUCUCUUUGCGUCAGUCGGUGAUUUCACUAUUUGGUUAAAAGCUACCAUGACUUUUCGAAAAACAACUUUUGAUUGUUGGAACAAAAAUCUUUUCAUCGUCUCUUCGUUUCAAUCGGUGCUGUCUCCAUUUGGUUAAAAGCUACCAUAACUUUUCGAAAAAGCAACUUUUGAUUGUUGGAACAAAGAACUAUUCAUCGUCUCUUCGCUUCAGUCUGUGAUUCCACUAUUUGGUUAAAAGCUCCCAUGACUUCUUAAGAAACAACUUUUGAUUGUUGGAACAAAGAACUAUUCAUCGUCUCUUUGCGUCAGUCGGUGAUUUCACUAUUUGGUUAAAAGCUACCGUGACUUUUCGAAAAAGCAACUUUUGAUUGUUGGAACAAAGAACUAUUCAUCGUCUCUUCGCGUCAGUCGGUGCAUUCUCUAUUUGGUUAAAAGCUACCAUGACUUUUCGAAAAACAACUUUCGAUUGUUGAAAGAAAGAAAUUAACCAUUGUUUUGUCGAACAAAGCCAAGAAUGCAAGAACCAGUCACUGCAUCUUCUCUUUCAUCGGUUGUUUUGGUAACUAAAAGAGAGUAGAAAUAUGCUCCUUUUCAAGUUAUUUUGCAAUGUGAAAGAAGGCGUACAUCUAUGUAAUGAAAGGGUGUGGUCUGUUCGAACGCUACUAAUGCACAGUAUAUUUUUUGGUUGUUAUUUUUUGUAGUAUUUGGAUUGUUGCUACGUAGUAAAUCACGUAGGAACCUACUUUAUAAAAGCUACUAGAUCCUGAAUGAAUCAGUCACAAGUCUUCAAGAUAUUCAACAUAUAGACACAGAAGUCUCUCUUCGAGGUAUCCCGUUGUUUCAUACUUACUGCAUACAUAAAAUAUUGUAAAAUGGCUGAAAAGUGGUCAAAGCAGGAUGAAAUUGAAUUUAAAGAGUUGAGGAGAAGGUUUAUCGACUCUACACGUCGCCGUAUGAAAGCCAAAGAGGAAAAAUUGAAACUGGAAAUGCAACGACAACGAGAGGAAAGGAGAGAUCUGUUUGAUCGUAGGAGGAAUGUAGGAAACAUUGUGACAUCGAACGAUCAAGUUCCCGAAGAACCAAUGAAUGUGGAUAUGCCUUCAACAUCGGGAUGGCAACAGCCUUCCACCAGCGUGGCAACCUCCCGAAAACCAUCUUCAUCAGACGGUGAUGGAAUCGAUGCUGUAGAGGAAGUUGAGAGGAUUGAUCGACCCUCUACAUCACAAUGGGAACAGGACUCAUCCAUUUCUGACGAAUCAUUGCUAGCCAUUGACAUAGAAAAUGAGGAGGAACCACAGCGCAGAGGGCGCAGUUCGCCCACACCUCAAAAUAUCAUGGAUACAAUCGAGGACUACUACAGCAUAGACAGCAUGGAGGAAAGACUGGCACCUCGUUUCAGAGGACGUGUACAAGACCAUCGCGUCCGCGUGCAUUCCCUUGAUUUUCUGCUUCGAAGAAUGUUUCCCGAAGAUGUGGUAGGUGCUCUGUUACAGAGUGUCAUGAAUAGGCUUACAGUUAAUAUGGAGGACAACGAUCUGGUAGGCUUUGCUAUCUCAGCACCUCAUUUACGGCAAGAAAUUGGGAUACCAUUAACGCGCAGGGACCAAAUGACACUGGAACGACUCGUGACUACGAUCGAGCAAAUUUUGCAAUCAAAUGAUGAGUUUCUUUUUGAAGGGGGGUUUGAAAUACGAGUCAUCCAUAUUCGAAUGCCUGUUGGGGGGAGGAACAAAGAAUACACACUUCCUUUGGACAAAUUUAUUUGCUCAAAUAGGAGAUUUAUCCGUAUUGUCAAUGAUGAUAAUCUAUGUUGUGCACGAUCUUUGGUAGUUGCAAUUGGCCUAUGCCCAUAAAGAUGAAAAUGACGAAAAAUACCAGAAAAUUAGGAAACCUCAAGGGGAAUUGCAAAAAAUGGAGGCUGAGGAACUGAUGAGUAAAGUUUUCGGGGAGGGGGAACUUCAAAAAUUAGCAGGGAAGAAAUGCGGCCUCCCUGAGAUUCAAAAAUUCCAAAAUUAUCUGGGAGAACAAGACUAUCAGAUCGUCGUCUAUGCCAACAUGUCAAAUAAAGGUGUUGUUUAUAGAGGGCCAGACAAAAAGCAUAUGCUGGUUUUAUUCUUACAUAAUAAUCACUUUGACGUAGUGACAAGUCUGCCUGCCUUUUUGCAGCGAAGCUACUUUUGCAGCACAUGCUUCAAAGGGUUCGACGCCAAAGACAAACACGUAUGUAUAAAUUCAUGUACAUGCUGCAAACAACAAAGUGCCUGUGCCUUGGAAGAAUGGAUCCAUUGUAAGUUUUGCAGAAGAAAUUUUAAGAACCCCGGGUGUUUUGAAAAUCAUUUGAAAAAGGGAAAAGCCGACGCUUCUAUAUGUCAAAAAGUAAAAAGAUGCGAAUGCGGUCAAAUUGUUGAUGCCAGGCGUACCAAUCCCAGCGAGCAUAAGUGCUACCAGGUCUAUUGCGAGCGAUGUCGAUCAAACGUGGACAAAGAAGAUCAUCUUUGUUAUAUGCAACCCUUGCCGACCCCCGAAGAAAAGGAAAAGAAAGAAAAGGAAAAGAAAGAAAAGAACAAGAAAGGGAAACAAUCUAAAAAAGGGGGAAAAUCUAAGGGGAAGAAUGAUGAAACAGAAAAGAAUGAGAAAGAAGAAAAGAAACAGAUGUUUAUAUUUUACGAUUUCGAAUGUCAACAGGAUGAAAAGGUAGGACAAAAUCAACACGGUUCGAUUUUUAAGCAUAUCCCGAAUCUAUGCGUUGCAUUUAGAGUGUGCGAGGAUUGCUACAAAGAGAAGAAAGAAUUGUGUAAACACUGCAAGACUCGAGAACAUGUAUUUAAGGGGGAAGAUACUUUGGAUGACUUUUGUCAAUGGUUGUUAGGGAGUGGUCGGGAACACAAGGGUGCUAUCGCCAUCGCUCACAAUAACCGGAGUUAUGAUUCACAGUUUAUUCAAGAAUACUGCCAUAAGAAUGCCAUUGUUCCAGAUAUCAUAGUUAAUGGAACCAAAAUCAUUUCCAUGACUGUGAAUGAUGUCAAACUCAUUGAUUCUCUCAGUUUCUUAGCCAUGCCACUUUCUUCUUUUCCCUCUACGUUCGGUUUUGAAGAACUGAAAAAGGGAUUUUUCCCUCACUUCUUCAAUACUCGUGACAAUCAAAACUACAAGGGGCCUAUGCCCCCAAAAGGUAAGUAUGACCCAGAUGGGAUGACCGAAGGGAAGCGCGCUGAAUUCAACGCGUGGUACGAAAAACACAAAAAUGAUCACUUUGACUUUGAAAAAGAAAUCCUGGAGUACUGUCAGUCGGACUGUCAGAUUCUAAUGGAAGGGUGUAUGUCUUUUCGGAAACUCUUUAUGGCUAUCACUAAGAACAUUGAUCCCUUUGGUAGCAUUACAAUAGCUGCUGCAUGUAAUGUUGUGUUUAGGACACACUUUUUGGAAGUAGAUACUAUCGGCCUCAUACCACAACAUGGUUAUAAGAGCAAAGAACGUCAUUCUCUCGCUGCCCUUAAGUGGUUGAAAUGGGUAAGUCACAAGGAAGGGAUACGUCUACAACAUGCAAGGAACGGUGGGGAGUUCAAAAUUGGGAGGUACCGAGUCGAUGGGUAUCAUGUUGACUCCAAAACGGUUUAUGAAUUUCUCGGUGAUCUCUGGCAUGGUUGUCCUAAAUGUUACAAAAGACGCGAUAUACUUGUACCCGGAACAUCUGAAACGCUACAAGAUGUCUACGAGUCCACUCUGACAAGAAUUGAAGAGUUGAGAAAAAUGGGGUACACGGUCAUUACAAUGUGGGAGUGCGACUUUAGAAAAAUGUCAAUGACGGAUUCAAACCUUGCCAAGUUCUUGAAAAAUCUUGACAUUCAAGAACCCAUGAACCCUCGGCAUGCAUUUUAUGGGGGAAGGACCAACGCAAUUAAAUUACGCCACAGGAUUGAGGGUACCGAGAAAAUAAAGUACGUUGACGUUUGCUCGUUAUAUCCUUGGGUUUGUAAGUACGCUCGCUAUCCCAUCGGUCAUCCUGAGAUUAUCACGGAAAACUUUGACGAUCUCGAUUCGUACUUUGGAAUCAUUAAAUGUGAGGUAUCCCCGCCACGUGGACUUUUUCACCCCGUCCUCCCUCACAGAAGUACGGAGGGAAAGUUAAUCUUUCCUCUGUGUCGCACUUGCGCCGACACAAAGCAGACAACACCGUGCCAUCACACGGAGAGGGAAAGGGCUCUGCAUGGGACAUGGGUCACGGAAGAAGUGAAAAAGGCUGUACAGCUGGGGUAUAGAUUGAACAAGAUUCAAGAAGUGUGGCACUACCCCCAGACUAGCGAAUACAGUCCUGAAAUCCAAAUGGGAGGGCUCUUCAGCGAAUAUAUCAAUCUAUUUCUCAAGGUAAAACAAGAAUCAAGCGGAUGGCCUGCCGAAUGUCGUUCCAACAACGAGGAAGUGUCCACUGCUUUGCAAGAAAAGCGCGCGGAUUAUAUCAAUCAAUAUCACAAAAAAGAAGGCGUGCUCCUAGACCCUCUGCAAAUCAAAGCCAACAAAGGGCUUAGGGCAGUGAGCAAGAUUUGUCUGAACAGUUUUUGGGGUAAGUUCGGACAACGAAAUAAUUUCUGUAAAACCAAAUAUUUCACAAAACCUGAAGAGUUCUACUCAUUGGUGACCGAUCCAACACUCACGAUCAAAUCCGUGGCCUUUCCAAGUGAUGUGAUGGCGCAAGUGCAAUACCAGAGCAAGGAUGAUUUCCUGGAAGUCUUGCCUAAUACCAACGUGGUGGUGGCUGCGUUUACGACUUGCCAUGCCCGACUCAAACUCUACUCAUACAUUGAAAAUCUCGGAGAAAAUGUCCUGUACUUCGAUACAGACUCGAUCAUAUAUCUCAAAGACGCCAAGGUACGAGAUAUACCAACAGGAAAUUUCCUCGGAGAUAUGACGGAUGAGCUUGAGAAGGAUUUUGGGAUGGGGAGUUACAUCACCGAACUUCUGGCGCUUGGACCUAAGAAUUAUAGUUAUAAGGUAUUUUCUACGUCUAAGCAAAAAGAAAUGGUCGGUACCUGUAAGGUACGAGGCAUCACUUUGAAUUAUAGAAACUCACAAUUGAUCAACUUUGAGAGUUGCGCCGAAUUAUUGCACGGCAAGCGCAGUCAAACAAUUGUGACAAAUCCUCAUAGGAUAGCCAAGACGAGAGAUCAUAACAUAGUAUCUCGUGUCGAGACCAAAUCUCAUCAUCUUGUCUACGACAAACGAGUGAGAAUCAAUGAUUUUGAUACCAUUCCAUAUGGUUACUAGAUGUAUCCCUUACCCUCGUUCUAAUUAAUAUUCUUUCUAAGUUUCUCCUUACCUAUCUCCGAUCCAAUAAGUUAGUUGGUCUUUCCCUAACUUGUAUUACUAUAUAUUUCAUUUCCCUCCAGAUGUUGAUUAAAUAUCGGGUUAUUUCUAAUGAUUUUCUUGUUUGAAAAAUAGGAAUCCUUAUUGCAUGAUGUUGUAUCGAUUUUUAUGUAAGGAAGCAUCCAGCCUAAAUAGCAGUAAAACAAAAUACUAUUCUGCCCCUCUACAUGUAUAGUGAUGUUGUAUUUUAACUUUCCUUCCUUAUAUAUGUGUUCAUGCAUAAUAUAAAGCAUUGUACGUGUAACAUGUAUACACAGUUUUGACUAUGAAUAAUAACUUUGUUAGUGUUAGACACUGAUUAAAGCCUUAUGACACUCUGUAACACUGCAUCGUAGUCAACUCUGGAAACUUAUUAUUUUAGUGAUUUGCAUCUAAAUAUCUCUGUAUUGAUGAAGAUUCUGUUCUUGCCAUACAUUUAUUUAACGUUAUGUUUUGCCAUGCAAUGGUGUUUGUAUAAUAUACAUUCGAUUUUGUUUUAAUAAUUUGUUGAAUGAAACGAAUGAGAGGAGUUAUAAGCUUCUCCAUGUUUGAAGAAGUUAACAAGCAUGAUGUAUUUCCGAUGAUCUGCUGAUUCAACAAGUACCAAAGAUUGAAUAUUAUUAAAU